UAUCUCCCCGGAUUGGAGGGGUGCGGGAACCAGUUUGUUACAAUUAAUUGCAAGAAUUAUUUAUGCACGUAUAUAAAUAGCGAUGACGCCAUGCUGUAUGUGAUGCGCAGUGUUGUGCAAUUAUGGACGGAGGAAGCGUGGUCGCGCUGCCGGGAGGGCAGGGCCGGCUCUUGGCAAGACAAUAACAGAGACAACCAAUCAUGGGGGUCCACAUCAAUUCGCGUUUUCUUUCUUCUAGUGAUGGCUUGUAGCUUUCCCAAUAGAUCGGCAGUAGUGACAAAGUGAGGGACGUGUAUGCAUUUUGACUGGUUUUGAUGAUAAUGUAGUGCGGCGAGAUUGUGCGUAAGGAUAUUCCACGAGAAUCCGCCGACGUGGUCAUGCUGCUAUAAAAGCAAAGGUUGUCUGUGUACUCCCCCUCUCUCUCUUCAAACUUGAACAUCAAACAUGGAGGCUGAAUAUUUGUCUUUAGUACCCAGGGCGCUGAAAAGAGGCCAGCUCUGAAACUGAAGAAGGCUGCCAACUGUACUGUUCAUGUUUGUUUUUUAAACAAGUGAAUUUGUGUCCACGUUGUACUCAAACUAGAGCUCGGUUGCCAUUUUAGUACGAGGGUUGAGGACUCCGAAAUCAUGGUGGUCUACCAGGGGUUGAGUCGCGCCCAGCUCAGCUUCGACUAUCUGCACACAAACUCAACAACCCAUGAGUUUCUCUUCGGUGCAUUGGCGGAGCUACUCGACAAUGCCAGGGAUGCAAGAGCAAGGAGAAUGGAUGUGUUUACCGAAAAGGAUGAAACACUCCGUGGAGGAUACAUGCUUUGCUUCCUGGACGAUGGCACAGGAAUGGAUCCAGCUGAGGUUGCCACCGUCAUCCAGUUUGGAAAGUCAACAAAGAGAAUGAUGGAAUCCAACAUGAUUGGACAGUAUGGCAAUGGGUUGAAAUCAGGUGCAAUGCGUAUCGGUAAAGACUUCCUACUCUUCACCAAACAAGGGGCAACUAUGAGCUGCCUGUUCUUGUCCCGCACUUUCCACGAAGAAGAAAAGAUCGAGGAGGUCAUUGUUCCCAUGCCGUCAUUCGAAAAGAACACGAGGCACCCAUUUGGUCAGAGUUCGGAUGAGAAGCAAAGGCACAAAAUAGAAAUGGAUUUGAUUUACAAAUACUCGCCAUUCAAAACUGAGGAAGAAUUCUUCGCCCAGUUUGAUCGGAUAGAGGGCGACUCAGGAACCUUGGUAAUUAUAUAUCACAUGAAACUGAUGGACAACGGCGACUCUGAGCUGGACAUCAGUACAGAUGCGAGCGAUAUUCUGUUGGCGGGAACAGUGUCGAACACAGGAGUGCUGGACGAUAGUCUAGUCCCCGAGCGGCAAUCCUUCCGAGCCUAUACCUCUAUACUCUACGGUGAACCGAAGAUGAAAAUCUACAUCCAAGGUCACAAGGUGCAUACCAGACGUCUUGCCUACACACUCUACAAACCAAAGCUGUACAAAUACACGUCCACACGCUUCAAGACGAGAUCAGAACUGAAGACAUCAGAGGCAGUUCAUCAGGCUAAAGUUGCCAACGAGAAAGCUAGAGAAGCCGAGAGUAAAGCUCGAGAUCUGGAAAAGAAACAUGGGCAGGGAGGUCCGAAGGACAAAAGGGCUAUGACCAGGCAGGCUCAAACCGAAGCCUUUGAACUCCGGCAACGUGCCAAUAUCAUGAAGAAAAUAUCAGAGAAGCAACAGAAGUCGCUCAAAGAGCCCAAGACGAUCAACUUCCACUUUGGUAUCAACCUUAGCAAUCGAAGAUAUGAUGGUGUCUUCAUCUACAAUUGCGGCAGACUGAUCAAAAUGUACGAACGGGUUGGACCUCAAGUGGACGGAGGAGUGCAAUGUAGUGGAAUUGUUGGGUUUGUAGAUGUGCCAUACCUAGUGCUAGAACCCACACACAACAAGCAGGACUUUGCAGAUGCCAAAGAAUACCGACAUCUAUUGAAGGCAAUGGGGGAACACAUGAUCCAGUAUUGGAAGGAUAUCAACAUUGCAUCACUAGGUGUGACAAAGUUCUGGGAGAACUUCGGCUAUGUCAGUCACAAUUGGAAGGACCCGCCAUCCGACGACCCCAAAUUUGUCAGGAAGAGGGCCAUGCAAACACCGGUGCUGGUGCAAUGUGAUGCUUGCCUGAAGUGGAGAAUCAUGCCGUUUUCCAGCAGUAAUAUCAACCGUGUGUUUUCUGAUGACUGGCAGUGCAGUAUGAACACUGAUAGCACACACAACAGGUGCUCAAGUGCUGAACAGAAGGUCCCAAUCGCAACAGGUGUGUUCAAGAAAGAGGUCAAGUCGGCAGAGGAGCAGAAGAAAGAGAUCCUAGAGGAUAUCAAGAAGAAGCAGGAGAAGCUGGGUAAAAUCGAGAGAGAAAAGAAACGUUCCUCCUGGUCACAUUUUGCCGAUGACGACUUCGAAGAACCUUACCAAUACAGAGAAAGAAGAACAUCACUCCCUUCGUCAACGCCACCAAAGCCAAUUGGCAAGGCCUCACCUGUACAGAGCUACAAAGAAAAGCCUACAUCCAGACCAAUCGGCAAGGCCUCCCCUGUGGUAAAUCAACAGCAGAGCAGAAGACUCUCUGCGCAAUCAACAGCCAGUAGUAACAAGCCAGCCACUGCCACCGUCAGCAGGUAUACCACACCAGCAGCCAAAAAUGACAACAAGAAGACUGCCCCUAUCGUUGAGAGGAAAGCAGCUUCAAGACCACAGAAAACGGCGCCACCGGCUCCGAUUGCUAAAAAGGUGUAUGCAACAAAGAGGCAAAUUAGCUCCAGUACAACUUCUGCAGCUGAAGCAAAGAAUGAGGACAAAGCUCCUGAACCGGCGAAAAAGCGGAGGCUGACCGGCAACUCGCAAAUCUCGACUGAUGAAGAGAUGGACGUCGGUAAAGACGAGGAAAGCUCUGACUCAACACUGCCGAGCUGUGAUAUGCAGCUGGAGUCUGAAAGUGUUGGUAAGCGAGUUGAAGCCCGCGUUGAUGGCAAGUGGUACGCCGGCAAAGUGGUCAAAGUCUUUCAGAAACAAGACUGUGUCAAGUGGAAGGUCAAGUUUGAUCAACAUCCCAAGGACAAAUACGAUAAGAGUUUUGACAAGAACAGUGAGGACAUUAGGCCGAUCCAGGAACCUCCCGCUUCAGCCACAGAUGACCAGUCAGAAUCCCCGGAAGCUGUACCCGCGGACAUCCCCCCAGAGCUCCCUGAACCUGCUCCAACAACUCGCGAGCCUGCUGUUCAGAAGGUCACGCCCACCACAACGGCCCUGCCGACAGCUGUCACGCCCCCUCAAGAUACUGCCCCACCCACCACGCCCAGGACCACACCCAAGACCACGCCCAAGACCACAACAUCAGCCACGCCCCAGGCAGCAGUACCUCCCAGCAAGGCUGCAGUCACGCCCAGUGAUAACACUGAGGAGCUGGAGGAGAAUUUGAAAGAUGAGAGACUUUCUCAGGGCUUCAGGAAAUGCCUACGUUACUUCUUGCCGCCACUUUGGCCAAUGAAUAAGGAAAUGAUCAACAACCUCAGUGUAGAGGAGCUGAGUGAAUUCCCUCUGGACAACUUCUUUGACCAAUACGAAAAGGGGCUCAGGAAUCUUGUUGGUGGCUUUCAAGCAGAAGCAGCUGAGAAAGCAAGAGAGACAGAAGCGACCAAAAUCAAACUUGCCGAACUCAGGAAGCUCAUUGCCCAGUUGCUCAGGUCUAUCAAUGAUGAGAUAGUCGUGAGCGAUACGGCAGGGGAGGAGGUUGACGUCAUGCUUGCUGCGUGUGUCAAGCAAGCCAUGCAGGAUGAGUGAUCCUCAUCCCCAGGGAGUUCCCUCAAGUUGGUACCCGUCAAACUGUCGAUUACUUUAUACAACGAAGAAGGGGUUGGCAACAGGAUGCGCGACAAAGAGAGAAAUCCAAGAUGCUGGAAAUCCGUCGCUAGUAACUUGACUACAGCAUGAGUUUGCGUAUGAACAGUGACCAAGGAAUAGCCACUGUUUGUUAGGUUGUCACAAUACUCGAGAAAGGAUAACAUCUCAUUGACAGAAUUACAACUGUGGGCUUAAUCUGGACACAUGCCUGUUGAAUUCUUACAACUCCUACAAAAACACGCAUGCAGCUUGAAAUGUCAGCAACUUGGUAAGAAAUUGCAACGCGGUUAGUGCGGCAUUAUUGCUUUUA